GAGACAGAGAGAGGACAGAGCAUGAACGGGGUAGGGUCAGAGAGAGGGAUACACAGAACCCGAAGCAGGCUCCAGGCUCUGAGCUGUCAGCACAGAGCCCGACGGGGGGCUCGAACUUGUGAACUGUGAGAUCAUGACCUGAGCCAAAGUCGGCCGCUCAACCGACUGAGCCACCCAGGUGCCCCUUUUUUUAAGUUUAUUUAUUUUGAGAGAGAGUAGGGGAGGGGGAGAGAGAGAAUCCCAAGCAGGCUCCAUGCUAAUAGUGCAGAGCCUGACAUGGGGCUCAAACCUACCAACCUCGAGAUCAUGACCUGAGCUAAAAUCAAGUCAGAUGCUCAAUGGACUGAUCCAUCCAGGCACCCCAUGAGAGCUUUCUCUUGUUUAUUAGGUUGCUGAGGCCGAGAGAGAAACCAUGCUUGUUUGUUUUUAAUUUUUUUUAAUGUUUAUUUUUGAGAGAGAAAGAGACAGAGCACGAGCAUGGUGGGGGGGGGGGGGUGGUGCAGAGAGAGGGGACACAGAAUCCGAAACAGACUCCAGGCUCUGAGCUGUCAGCACAGAGCCCGAUGCGGGGCCCGAACCCACAAACCAUGAGAUCAUGACCUGACCCAAAGUUGGACACUCAAGCAACUGAGCCACAGAGCCCCCCACCACCCCGCCCCCGCCCAAGGCCAUGUUUUAAUAAGGACUGUAAGGCUGGCUCCUGAUCUGUGGGAAGGAUGCCAUGAUUGAUUAGGAAUGUCUGUCGGGAGAUCAGAAUAGGUGGAUGUGGUAUUCAGGGCAUCUGUGAGGUAAGGACUAUAGGACAUCUUUGGGAUCAGACACCUGCCCUAGAAAAACUAUGGAAACAGGGAAGAGGUGAGAGGAGCAGGUACCAGGUGAGAAGCUUCCUCUGAGUGGGAAGAAAGAAAGGAACAUUCCUGUGGGAAGAUGUGACCCUUACAGUCCCAGGGUAUUUCAUUUGUACUCAGGUUGAAGUUUUCAGUCCAGACGGCCCAAGUAUUUGAUCCCUUUUGUUUCCUGGGUGUCACAUUUUAUGCUGGAUUCCGGGGGCAGGGAGGAGGGUGGUGGUGAUAACAGGGAUCCCUCCAGACACUCUGAAUAAGGUUGCUAGAUAAAAUACUGGGCGUCCAGUUGAAGUAGAAAUUCAGAUAUACGGUGAGUCAUGUUCUGAGCGAAGGAUGUCCUCCUCUCUGCGGUCUCUGUCGACCCGGCUGUCUUACCUCUGCAACGUCAUUGAUUCAGGCCGUUCCGGCAAACUGGGUUGAAUCCCUGCUUGAAGUUGCGGACGGUCCCGUGAGCUGGUUGCAGCAGCUCUCGCCCCAGCCCUGGCCCUCUUGGCGGUGAAUCUCUGAGACGUUGCCGCCUUGGGCAUCUGCGUCCUCAUCCAGGCACCCGAAGGGUCAGCCCGGUGGACUUACGAGGUCUGGUUUUGACGUGGAGAUGCUUACUGGGCCCCAGUGACACCCCAGAACUUUACAGUCAUUUCCUCAUCUGAGCCAUGAGACGGUCCUGUGUCAAAGUCCUGAUGUUCUCUGUUUCACGGGUGGAAAAGCCGGGGUCGGAGGGGUGCCUGGGGAUGUUGCUGCAGCCACACAGACAGAGUAGGAGACAGGAAUGGUGCGCUUCUAGUCCAGGCCCGGGCUGCCCGCCCUGCCCUCCUUCCACAGGGUGCUGCCCAGUGGGACCCUGCUGCUCUCUUCUGGACUAUUCCCUCCAGACCUUCUCCUGUCCUGGGAGGAUCUCACAGCUGAAUGAGUAGAGUCGCUUACUUAGCAUUCAUCUGUUCAUUCACAUGGUGAGCAUUCGUGGAACACCUGCUGUAUACCAGGCAGAGUGCUGGGCAGUGGGGAUAGAAUGAGGAACAAGACCGGAAGGAAGAUCACAAAAAACACUUUGGUUGCAAAGCGGAACAGGGGUUCCAGAAUGCAGUCCGUGUGCGUAACCAGGUCUUGUCUCUGGGUGGAGGAGAGAAGGGGGCCACUUCUCCCGCAGCCGUCUGCCUCCACCCUCCUGUCCGUCCGUCCUUGUGAUGAGCCUUCUGAGGCUCAGAGAAGUGCACUGACAUGCCCAAGGUCACACGGCACCUUGAGACCUAGUGCCUGCACUCCUCCCGUAACCACCCUUUUGGCCCUGGUCUGCAGCUUCCUGGCCGUGUGACCUCUGGCCAGUCCCACCUGCCAGGGCUUCAGUUGCCCCACCUGUAAAAGGGGGACCAUGUGCCCACCAGGCUAACUGGUGACGAGGAGAAAGUAGUUUGGUGUAUCGAAAAGCUUGACGCAAAUAGGUCUUAUGAAUGUGUGUUACUAAUUUUAAAUGGUCGUAUUGAAGUGCUUUCAGGGGUGACUUAGUCACAUUAAAUAGUCCAGACACCCAGGAAUGUCUCAUCCGAAAAGAAGCAAAACUAGAAAAGCUGCAGUUCUGGACGGCCCCUGGGGCCGAGGCAGCUUCUAGGUACUGACUCCCAUACAUCUCUGGCCUCGUCUGGGAUCCCAGCUGAUCCCCAUGUGGCCGGGCCUGAAAGCUUUGUGGCUGCAGACUGGGCAUGCGGCAUGCUUCUGGGGAGAAAGGCCACCCCCAACUUCCUUAAAAAAUUAAUUUUAUGGUGCACCUGAGAGGCUCAGUUGGUUAAGCGUCUGACUUUGGCUCAGGUCACGAUCUCGUGGUUUGUGAGUUCCAGCCCUGCAUCGGGCUCUCUGCUGUCCGCACAGAACCCACUUCAGAUCCUCUGUCCCCUGCCACCCCCCCACCCCCGCCUUCUCUAUUCUUCCCCUACUUGUGCUCCCUCCCUCUCUCUCUUAAAAAUAAACAUUAAGCAAAUUGAUUGUAUUUCAUAUCCAUAAGCUAUGUGACGGAGCUAGUGACACAAAUAUAAAGACACAGCGUCCAUUUUUUAGAAUCUUACAAUCUAGUGAGAUACAUGUGAACCUAUAAACUACAUGAAAAUUGAGUGUGAGCUUUCUCUUUCUGUCUUACCGAGGGACAGUUGGCAUACAUCAUGCCAGGCCUGUGGCAUGAUGGUUUCAUGGAACACGCUGGGAAGUGAUCAUCACAGGCUCUGUUGCCCUGCAUCAUCUCACGUAGAUAACGGUAGCUCCCAACUCCAUAAGGUCAUGGCGGGGCAGAUCUUGUGUUUUCCUUUUGACAUUUAUGGUCCAUUUGAGAAAUUCAUAUAUUUUCAAACCCCUUCCAGCCCCACUGAGUGGGGGAAAGGCCCAGACAAGAAUCUUUGAUGUCAGGGGAAGUUUGGGGAAAACCUGUGAGCAUCUGAAACCCAAGAAUUGAAAGUCUGUUCGUUCAGUCAUCAAGAGACUUCUGGACUUCUCCCGCAGUGCGGGCCCUGGCUGUGCCCUGGAGACCCAGAGCCGAGCCUCACUCUGCCCAGCCUGGGAACCACCAGGCCAGUGAGGACACAAGUUGGCUGUGGUUGGUGGGGUCUCUGGAAGAUGCUUUGGGCAACGGAGUUCAAAAAACUUGCCCAGAGGCCUCCAACGACAAAAGCAUGCCAGGCAGGCGCUGGACAGGAAAGGCAUCACCGGCCCUGAAAAGGGAAAGCCGGAAGUCUCUCCAGAUGCUGCAAGUAGCUGGGCUUGGCUGGGGCUUGGCUGCGGUGUCUCGCUCUGGGGCAGAGGGCAGGGGAGAGGAGCUGGAUGGGAGGUCUCGGCUGGUGACCCUGAACGCCCCGCCAAGUGGUUGGCCUUGAUUCACUUUGGGGAGCCAGCCUGGGACCAGAAGUCCUUACGUACUGCUGUCAGGUGCCCCCUCAAAGGUAGCGACUAGGCAGUUGUUUUGACCACUGGCUUCUGCUCAGGAAAACAAACAGCCCAGCCCAGCCCUCGCCCAAACAGGGCUGCGGGAGGAUUGCAGGCGCUGCCAGAGGUCCCAAGAGGAAACCCACUCUAACGAGAUGUCUAACCUAGUUUUGACGACUCACAUGGUUUGGGGAGCACGCGAAAUGCCUUGGGAAGGGUUGGCGGUGAGCAGACUCGGCUGCCCAUUUGACACAGAACACUGGACGAGGAACUGUUUGUUUGGUUUUGGCCCCUGCGGCUUGUUGCUGCCUCUCCCUGCACUUAGUUGCAGGGUGCUAAGGAGGGGCGGAGUCUGUGUUACUGAUGAACAGCUUGAAGUGAAAGGUGGCUGGUCUUCCGCAUCCUGGGGCAGGCCGUUUCUCCUGAGAGCAAAUCCAAUUGUGCAUAGAGGCACUUCCUCCUACCUUCCGUUGUGUAAUUCCAGACGGCCUAUUUUACAGAUGGUGCAAUUGAGGCCCCAAGGGGAAGUGACAUUCCUGAGGUCACCGCUUACAGCUGACAAGUAACAGACUUAGGUUCCAACUAAAAUCUUUUAAGGUGACGCAGCACAGGCAAAAGUGGAACUAGGCAAAGCGUAUGUGGGGAGCAGGGUCUUGCAGCGGGCAGUGCCUGUUGGGGAAUUCGGAGAACAAAGCUAGAGAGGCCAGGGGGGGUCCCUCCUCUCCACAGACAGCACGAGGAUGGAAUUAUGUAGAACUCAGCCAUCUGGGGGUCAGCAGGAACCGAUUGACCAAAUAAAUAGAUGAGUCAAUUAAAAAGGACGGAUUUCUUGACUAUUUAUAGUUGUGGCCUAAAUCUCAGCUACCCUUGUCCCCAAGGAGUAAAAGGAGACUUUUUCUGAUCGGCCAGGCCAUCUAAAGGGUGAAUAAGCUGAUUAAGUCCUGGGCUGCUGCAGGGGAUGGGACACUGCAGGACGGUCAGGGUGAGAGGAGCUCAGAGGAGGUGGGGGCAGGGAUGAUGCUCUUUGGACUCCAUCCUUUUCCUCCAUCCACUUAUGAUUAGCCACACCCUCAGGUUUUAGCCACCUAAUUGCUCUAGGUAGUAUGAAUUGAAAUGGUUAACAGUUCUUCCUGGCCCGAGGGGCCAGUAUUUAGUCAUCCCGGCACGUAUACGUAAUUACAUGGGAAGGUCCUUGUAAAGCAUUUAGCACAAAGCCUCAGCGAUGUGGAUGUUUUUGUUACUGCCAUUUUUAAAAAAUGUAUUUGUUUAUUCAGAGAGAGAGAGAUUGGGAGAGAGAGGGAGAGCAGGGCAGGGGCAGGGAGAGGGGAAGAGAGAGAAUCACAAGCAGGCUCUGCGCUGUCAGUAUGGAGCCCGACGCGGGGCUCAAACUCAAGAAGUGCGAGAUCAUGACCUGAGCUGAAAUCAAGAGUCAGACGCUCAACUGCCUAAGCCACCCAGGCGCCCCUGUUACUGCAGUUUUAUGAUUGAGACUGGCCCAGUACCCGUGAUAGGGGCCCACUCGGGAGACCCGGCUUCUAAUCCUAGCUGGUUCAUUUGCAGAAUGACAUCCCCACCUCCUGCUGGCCUCAGUUUCCUCUGGUGUCAGGUGCAGAGGGGGACUUGCUGGUGUCAAAGGUCAUAGUCAGGAGAUGCCCCAGAGCCCAGUGGUUGAGGACCCAGGAUUCUGGAGGUGCCUGUGCCUCUCUGAGCCUCAGAUGGGGUGAGAUUCCUCAUCUCAUAGGGUGGUUGGUAAGGACUGGGUAAAAGUACAUCCCCAAAUGCCAGGCGCUGAGCUGGGCAUAUGCAGGGUCACUCAACCCAGGGAGUUCUGGAACUGGUGUGCAGUUGGAGGAUUUUCCAUACUUUUGAGGCGUUUAGAGUGUGCUUCUUGUUCUAUGAGAGUCUCCGAAAAUGUUAUGAAGUCUUAUUACCUUUGGAUUGAUUAUAGGAGGAAAGCAAGCAGCAGUAAUCAGUGAGAAGUGAUCUAAGCAAAUAAAAAUAUUUAACAUGAUUGAAAAGUUACUAACCAACUUGGGGCACCUCGUGGCUCAGUCAGUUAAGCAUCUGACUUCAGCUCAGGUCAUGAUCUCACAGUUCGUGAGUUCGAGCCCUGAAUUGGGCUCCACAGUAGCCGUGCUGAGCCUGCCUCUCUCUCUGCCCCUUCCUGGUGUUUCUCUCUCUCUCUCUCUCUCUCUCUCUCUCCCUCUCAAAUAUAAAUAAACUUAAACAAAACUUAAAGUAGAAAAUGAAAAAUUACUAGCAGCUAGAAUUAUAUCAAAUGCCCAACAUAGUGCCAGCUACAACUAUUUUUUUGUUUCCAGGACAUAAGAACAGCUGGAAUUCGAACAAUAGGUUGCCAUGGCAAUGAUAUACCCGGGUCCUCCUCAUUGGCUGCCUCUAGGGAGGAGGCCCACCCUCUGUCCUAGAGCAUCCUCUGACUGUGGGAGGAAGAAACUAGGAUUACAGCUGAGCAAUCUGUUCUGCCAGGAGAUGGACCGGGGAUGGUCAGGGAAGGCUUCCUGGAGGAAGUAUUUGAGGAUCGAGAAGAGCAUGGAUGUGCAUUUCAGGGCCUGAAAUGGCCUGUGAAAAUGCACCCACUGAGCUGUGAGAGCCCAGGGCUUCCCAGGCACUGAUGUAGAGAGACAGUAAGUUCUAUGACAAAGGACCCUCCUCUGGCUUUAAUUCUGCUAGGGACAUUCCCAGUCGGUGGCAUUUUUCUGGAGUAUGCGAUCUCUGGGUACCUGGGCUGUGUUGGAAGGGGCAUUGUGACCUCAGCAGAUUUUCUGAGGUCCAUAGCCAGCGUGCUAUGGGCAUCUUUUAUACUCUCUCAGGCUUCAUGAGAAGCCCGGUUUCCCAGUGUCUGGGGGAAGUCCACCUGUGUUCCUGUCUGCUUACAGGGCCUCUGUCCCCUUACAGAACCUUCCUGAGCUGCCUUCUGUGAUUCAAGUCUGUGAGGUCCCCAACAGCUGCAGUUACCUAGGAAACGGUGUCCAGGGAGUCCACCCAGGAGAGGGAGCAGAUGCUCUGACCUGAGUGGUCCUUCAGGGGGUCUGGUGGGAACAAGAAUCAAUGCCUGAAGGAGCCUCUUGGCCCCUGGACUGACGGGAAGUAGAUUGCUGGAUAAACAGGCAGGGCCUUCUCUUGGAGUCAAAGACCUUUGUGGGAUUUGUGCAUGUCCUGGGUCUGGGUAAGAGCUCCCCAAAUAAGCUGGUCCUAGGCUUCCAAAUAGUAGGAGCGGGCAAGGCAACCAGAGGCCUAGAACCUGAGUUGAAACACUAGAGACCAAAGCUCUUAUGCCUAGGCCUCAAUUUCCCCACCUGUAAAACGGGCAUAUUAGACCAGAUGAUGGUAUUGAAUUUCAUGAACUAGUACACAUUCAAAAAAAACAAUUGGAGUUGAAGAAUGGAGUGGCCCAUCCUUCUUGGGCUGGCAAACUUUUUGCCAUAAUUGCUGUGGUCUUGCCUUCCUACUAGCAAGCAGUUGCCUGAGAUUCGCUCCAGCAUGAAUAAUGUUUGCCCUCACGCACAACAUCUUAAUAUGCACCUGUCUGGGCACCUGGCCCCGUACUUAGUGAUUUACCUGCAUCAGCUCACGUGAUCACCCCUCUGCCCUGAGUGGGUGAUGCCAUUAUUGGUCACCUUUUACAGAUGAGGAAACAGACCCAGUAGGGCUGCCCAGGGUCCCACAGCAGAGCCUUGGAGCUUCCUGGAAAGCCCCCUUCCCUUUUCAAGCCUCAGUCUCCUCUGUAAACUGGACAUUGGCAUCUGGGGCUGAUCUGUCAUUUGUUGAUGGCCACUUAAGGGGUCUCAGGUACCCAGGGAUUUCUAGCGAGGACCUUUGGGGUUUUGAGGCCCCUGGCAGUUGAGGGGGCCGCGGAAUCUGAUUUCUGUAGCUCCAGCCCAAGGUCCGCAGCUGUGCCCACCAGGAAGGAGGGAGGCUGCCUGGCCGCUCUGCUCCAGUAGCUGGUCUGCAUUUCCGCCAUGGGCUGUUGGGUCCGCUCUGCAGCCCAUUUCCCCGGCAGCGCCUGCCGCACAUGUUUUGUCUGCUCUCAAGGUCGGGCCCCAGGCCCUGUAACUUCCACGUCCCCCGCCGCCCGUGGGCCAGAGGGGUACCGACACCACCUCGUGUGCUGGCCUGGGCGCCGGCUCCUCUGGGCACCUUCUGCCUGUCUGUGGGCAGCUGCCUGAGCUGCUCUCCCGACCCUACUCCGAGGCUAGGGACAGGAGGUGACAGGUUUCCGCAUCUGUGCUCAGAUCCCCAGGGAGCCACCAGCCCACAGGACCUACAUCGUCCUAGUCAGCGAGUGUACUGAGAGUGUCCCCCAGGGACACUGGUUCCCCCCACUGUGGAAGAGGAAUGGAAGAGGAGGCAGGGGCGUUAGGGUGAUGCCCCGUGUCUCAGAACUGGCCGGCCUGCCUUUGAACCCUGGUCCUGGCUCUGCGAGGUGAUCUGUCAGGUGCCCAGCAGACCUGGCACACAGGACAUGCCCAGCAGGACCUUGGCUGUGAGUCCAGGCUGUCACUGGUCUCAGGAAGAAUAUGCCUGCAUUUGGUCAUUGUCCUGAUAGCUCAUGUUUUGUUCUGGCAGAGUCAUCUGUACAUAUUAGCUCAUUUAAUCUCUCAGCAACCCGAAGAGGUAGGUACUAUUACUGUCCUCGUUCUACAUUUGAGGAAACUGGGGUGCUGACAGGUGUAUCUGUGGUGUGUAUUUUCUUCUGGUGGACAGGUUGCCUUUGCAGAAGGAGGGGUGGCUGUGUGUGUGUCUGUGUGUGUGUGUGCACCUGCGUGUGGGACGGAUGGUUGGGAUACCGCCCUUGCAAGCUGUCAGGGUCUGCUGGUCACCUGGUAGAAACCACAGCCCAGAGAGGGGCAGGUCUUGCCUUGGUCAAACAGUGGCCACUGGCCCAGCCAGGGCCUCACCAGGGCCUCACCAGGGCCUCCUGGGUUCUUGCCUGUGGUUGUUCCUUGGGCUUGGAGAGCUGGUAUGUUAGGGACAGGUGCUUCUCCUGUUGGAAAGGCCCCACCCAUUGCCUCCACUUUAGGGAAAAAGUGACCCCCUGUGCCAGGGUGACAGGUGCGGGGAGGGGUUCCCAGGUCUCAGGUGAUGUGCCCUACACUCUGCGUCUCUUUGGAGAUGCUGACUGAGGCCUGCUCUGCUGGAUUUUGCCCCCUGGGUGCUUGUCCCUCCAGGACCCCUACUCCACCAGCUCCCUGCCCCAGGAACCCCAGAUAAUCCACCUGCCAGCCCCAACCUUUAUUUCUCAAACGCCUUUUAACUUAAGAAGCCAGUAGAGGGAGUAUUGCCUUGUCCUGGGUUCAAAUUCUGUCACUUGCUCACUGGGUAACCUUGGCUCCAUCAUGUUUUGUCUCUGAGCUUCAGUUUUCUUAUCUGUAAAAUGGGGACAAAAGUGCCCGUCCCCCGGGAGUACUGUAAGGAGCAGUGGCAAAAGGGAGUAGGAGAGCCUCUGGCAAACUAUCAUGGCAAACCAUGUCUGGGCACAUGGUUACAGGGUAGUCCCUGGACUCAACUGGGGCUGGCAGACGUGAAAGCCAGCCAGGCCCGGCCCCCAGAUGCUCAUAGUCUGGCAGGGGAGACCGAUGGUCCAUGGGCACACACAUGUGCACAGCUAUGCACACUCGCAUGCAGUUUCAUCAGCCAGUAAUAGUCUCUUUCAUCGGUUGAUUUUGUUUUACAUGUUAACAAGCACCUCCCAGUUUGUUAGCACCCACUAUGCCUAACCUCACCCGGUUCUACUAUUCACUCGGGGGGGUGGGGGGGGUUGGUCUAAUAUCCUUGAAGAUUCAGUCAGGAGGUCUGGGGAGGGGCCAGGCAUCUGCAUUUUCAGUCAGAGCCCCAGGCCGUGCUGAGGUUCAGGCACCUGGGAUCUUCUAGCAACUCUGCUCAGGGGCCCAGAGACUUCAGCACGGGACGGUUUUACAGAUUAGGGGGCCCGCUUUACAGAUGAAGAAACUGAGCUUUCCCAAGGAGAACUUUGAACUCUGUCUAGGGUGUCACAGUCUGAACAAGAGCCCAGAACCAGGUGCAUGGUGUGGUGACACAAGUCAGAGGAGGCGAGGGGAAAGAGUGGGGUGGGCAGGAAGGGCUUCCUGGAGGAGGUGACUCUCGGGCCAGGUCUUCAGGGUGGGUGGGAUCUACCUAAACAUAAGAGAACUCAUGGGCUCUCAAAGUGCAGGACUGAAUGGGAUAAUGAUGGAGAAAACAAGGAGGUCCUGGGACUCAGGCAGGACCAGAGGGUGGGAACUGGGGACAAGGGCAAUGUCAAGUGUAAGGAGCUUUGGGUUCCUGAUGGGGAAAUACAGUGAUUAUUCUCCAAGCAGCUGGGAGCCACCAGUGAUAGUUCUCGAGCUGAGGGCGACAUGGUGGGUAGUGGGGUUUGCUAGAAACAGGCUUGGCUGAGCUAGUGGGCACGCCUCUAGGGAGUUUCCAGUGGAUGAGGUGGCCUCAUUUUGUGUCACUGCAUGGGUGGCUGGCCGUGAGGAGGCAGCGCCACAUCCCCUACACGGUGCUCUCGGCAAACAGCACUGGGGGCGUGAAAGGUUGAGAAGGUUAGAGGGUGCCUGGGGGUUGCCCUGGGAGACUGUAUGCAUAAUUGAGAAAUGUGCAUCCUCCCUUGAGCCCCCCCCAUCCCUGGUAUGGAUUUUAAUGCUGAGCUUUUCUUCUAGCCAAAUGCUGUCUGCUUUAGGCACCACCUUGGAGCCCUGGAAGUUGCCACGGCUGCUGUGCCAACAGCCGCCAACCUGACGGAAUUAGAUCUGAGGCGGUCCACGCGGGUUUGGAAUAAGAGCGGGCUGGGAUAAUCCCACCUCCUUCUGGCCUCACUUUCUCCUUUGAAAUGAGGUCCCCUGAGCUCUGAUGGCGCAUCUGUGAAAGAGGCUGGUGGCUCCUGUUGAUCUGCUGUGUGUCUGGGGCCUCGGUUUGCUCAUUCCGAAAGUGGGCUUGCACGCGCAUGUGCCACUACUCUAAGGCCCCAUUUGGAGCCUCCCAGUUUUCGUGCAGGAUCCACUGGGAUCCUCUAGUACCCGGCGAACCUUUAGGAGACCAAGGAGAAUUCACUUCAGAGUCCCUUUUUGGAAGAUGCUCAGAGAACACGUCGUUUAACGAAAAUUGAUUUCCUGAAGAUUUCGGUCUCAUCUAUCAAAAGAGGGCAAAGCUCUGCAGGGGUUUGACCACUUGCGGGGGAAUUGUGCUCAGAUGCCGGGAACACACCCCCUCUGUCUAGCAGAGGCUGUGUACGGCCCAUUCUUCCUCUGUCAACAGCCCUGCCUGGGUCCUAAACAUCUGCUGUUGUUUGCUCUCUCACCCUAGUUGAGGACCCCCCCCCCCGCCCCGCUACACAUAGCUACAAUGAAGAAGAUAUUUACUCCUAUGCUGAGUGUCCCCAGAGUUGUGAGUCCUAAAGGUUCCAUCUGACAAAUAUUUAUAGUGCCGGGCCUCAUACUGGGUGUCAGGAAGCUGGCCCUGGGUAAGCAGACAAUUAUGAUAUGGGCUGGUAAGCAUGGGAACAGAGGUAGUGUGGCCCACGGAGCCCAAGGGAGGCAUUGGAGGGUCAUUGUCCCGAGGGAUCGUCUGAGGAUUGCUUGUACCAUACUUGGGGAACAGUGUGCCAGGCUAGGGGAACAGAAUGAGCCAAGGCAUGGAGGUGUGAGAAAGCCUAAGAUGUGUGUGGUUCAGGAGCCCCUGGGGAUCUCAGGUGGGCUGUGGGUGGUGGAGGCCAACCGGAAGUUGACUUCCAGAUAAACGGAGAAAAUUCCAGGCAACAAGUCCCUUUGCUCCGAGACGGCACAGGCACCGGGGCACCGGCAGCAGACAUUGCUAGCUGAUCGCCACCUCUGUCUUGCUAAAUCUCAAGCUGCUUCAUUCCUUGGGCACCAAACUCUCCUUGAGCUAAAUUUCUAAGUGAGGGUGAGGUUUGGGUACAGCUAGGAAGGAAGAAGGUCCUUCCUCAUUAAGUAGAGACGUGUUUAAAAGAGGAACAGGGACCUUGUUUACAAACAUUUACUGAGCUAGGAGUCUUCACACACCAUAGAUGGGAUAUUAUGCCCAUCUUACAGACAAUAACACUGAGGCUUAGAGAGGUGACUUCCCAAGGCUGUUCCGCAGAGCGUUCUUUGACUGUUUCCAUGGAGAUGUGACUUCCGGCCGAGCCCAGAAAUCAAGGAGGAUAUGGCCACCAAGGAGAAACUGCAGUGUUUGAAAGACUUUCACAAAGACAUCUUGAAGCCAUCCCCGGGGAAGAGCCCAGGCACACGGCCCGAAGAUGAGGCAGAGGGGAAGCCCCCUCAGAGGGAGAAGUGGUCCAGCAAGAUCGACUUUGUGCUCUCUGUGGCUGGUGGCUUCGUUGGCUUGGGCAACGUCUGGCGUUUCCCGUACCUCUGCUACAAAAAUGGUGGAGGUGCGUUUCUCAUACCAUAUUUUAUUUUCCUGUUUGGCGGCGGCCUGCCUGUGUUUUUCCUGGAGGUAAUCAUAGGCCAGUACACCUCUGAAGGGGGCAUCACCUGCUGGGAAAAGAUCUGCCCCUUGUUCUCCGGCAUCGGCUAUGCCUCCAUCGUGAUCGUGUCCCUCCUGAAUAUAUACUACGUCAUCAUCCUGGCCUGGGCCACAUACUAUCUGUUCCAGUCCUUCCAGUCGGAGCUGCCCUGGGCACACUGUAACCACAGCUGGAACACGCCGCAGUGCAUGGAAGACACUAUGCGCAAGAACAAGAGCCUGUGGGCCACCCUCAACACCAACAACUUCACCUCGCCCGUCACCGAGUUCUGGGAGCGCAAUGUGCUGAGCUUGUCCUCUGGAAUCGACGACCCCGGCUCCUUGAAGUGGGACCUUGCUCUCUGCCUUCUCCUCGUCUGGCUGGUCUGUUUCUUCUGCAUCUGGAAGGGCGUCAAGUCCACGGGAAAAGUUGUCUACUUCACGGCCACCUUCCCCUUCGCCAUGCUCCUGGUGCUGCUGGUCCGUGGACUGACACUGCCCGGUGCAGGCGCAGGCAUCAAGUUUUAUCUGUACCCUGACAUCAGCCGCCUGGAGGACCCACAGGUAUGGAUCGAUGCCGGGACACAAAUAUUCUUCUCCUACGCCAUCUGCCUGGGGGCCAUGACCUCUCUGGGGAGCUACAACAAGUACAAGUACAACUCGUACAGGGACUGUAUGCUGCUGGGAUGCCUGAACAGUGGUACCAGUUUUGUGUCUGGCUUCGCAAUUUUUUCCAUCCUGGGCUUCAUGGCACAAGAGCAAGGGGUGGACAUUGCUGAUGUGGCUGAGUCAGGUCCUGGCCUGGCCUUCAUUGCCUACCCAAAAGCUGUGACAAUGAUGCCGCUGCCCACGUUUUGGUCCAUUCUCUUUUUUAUUAUGCUUCUCUUGCUUGGACUGGAUAGCCAGUUUGUUGAAGUCGAAGGACAGAUCACGUCCUUGGUCGAUCUUUACCCAUCCUUCCUAAGGAAGGGUUUCCGUCGGGAAAUCUUCAUCGCCUUCAUAUGUAGCAUCAGCUACUUGCUGGGGCUGGCGAUGGUGACGGAGGGUGGCAUGUAUGUGUUUCAACUCUUUGACUACUAUGCAGCUAGCGGUGUAUGCCUUUUGUGGGUUGCAUUCUUUGAAUGUUUUGUUAUUGCCUGGAUAUAUGGCAGCGAUAACCUUUAUGACGGUAUUGAGGACAUGAUUGGCUACCGGCCUGGACCCUGGAUGAAGUACAGCUGGGCCGUGGUCACUCCAGUUCUCUGUGUUGGAUGUUUUAUCUUCUCUCUCGUCAAGUACGUACCCCUGACUUACAACAAAGUCUACGUGUACCCCACCUGGGCCAUCGGGCUGGGCUGGAGCCUGGCCCUGUCCUCCAUGAUGUGUGUCCCCUUGGUCAUGGUCAUCCGCCUCUGCCAGACGGAAGGGCCGUUCCUUGUGAGACUCAAGUACCUGCUGACCCCGAGGGAACCCAACCGCUGGGCUGUGGAGCGCGAGGGAGCUAUGCCCUACAGCUCCCGCCUGGCCGUGAACGGCGCUCUCAUGAAACCAACCCACAUCAUAGUAGAGACCAUGAUGUGAGCUCUCGGGCGCUCGGGCGGACGGGCUGCUUCCCUGCUGUUUACUAACAUUAGAUUCUCAUAGGACCAGGUUUACAGAGCUUUCUAUUUGCACUAGGAUUGUUUUUUUUAAUUGUCACAGAAAAUGUUACUCUGUGUGCGUGCGUGCGUGUGUGUGUGUGUGUGUGUGGUAUCGUGUGUAUGUGUUUUUUGUUUUGAUUUGGGGAUAUUUUAUACAAAAAAGAAAACCCACCGGCGGAUGUCCGGGGCGAGGCAGAGUUUUCAUAUUGAAUUAGAUGUAUUUUAUGGGAACUUGGUAAAUUUUUCUUUGUAUUUUUUUUUUUUACAUAUAACUAUAUAUACAUUUAGAGAUUGUCAUACACUUUUACCACUUGAAUCGAUCUUGCCAGCAACAGAUCUCGUUUUCAAAAGCAAUUCUUCGGUGCUUGUAUAGCUGGCAGAAAGUUCUGCCCCCAAAAACACAGGGUGGAAUUUUCCUGGACGGGAGACCCAUUUUAAAGGUGUAGUACCUUCUCAGCCUGGUUCAGAUAGAAGCAUACAGCAGAGGGGAGGCCCCACCAGCCGGCCUGACCCAGAGGGGCUAGAGAAAGGAGGGCCACAAGGAGAGGUUUCAUUGCACUUGUCUUAGCCAAGAAGAGAGAUGCCAAAUAGUGAAUCAGCGCCUCCAGUCAAGGGACUGACUUACAGCUGACAGGUGAGGCCUUACAGCCAAAGUCUGAUUCUCUAGAAACCGUUGCACCAAGAGCAAAAUCCCGCCUGUUAUUUUGAGAUGGAGGGUGGAUAGUCAGAAGGACUGUCAGAUCGAUUGUUAGGACCGUUCAUCGGAGUGGGGGCAGUAAGAGCUCCCAAGAGGGUGCUGGGGAGGAUGGAACCCUGACAUUCAGGAGGCCUCAGGAGGCUGCAGUCCCACGGCUUCCCAGCUAGAGUUCGGGGCCGGCGUUGCGGGAGCCGCCAGCGGUCUCAGGGCUCCGACCCUCACACGGAUGGGUCUGUUGCGUUUUAAUGGGGUUCUAUCAGGUUCUGGCCAGCCCCCCGCUGACCUCUCUCGCAGCUGCAUGUAGGAGAGAAGCAUGAUGUAUUUGGUGAGGGACGAGGGGUGAGCCAGUGGACCAAAGGGUGUGGGCCCAGGCAUUCAGAGAGGCCUGGUGUCAGGGAGGGGUGCUUUUCUUUCCUCAGCAAUCCACGCUCAGCUCUGUCCUCGUCUCCCAGAGGCUGGGAAACUCCCGACACGCUCCCGGCUCAGGGCUGCCCCCGUGGGAGUGCCAGGAGUGCUUUUGGAGCCUCCCUGGAUCUUUGACUUGGGCGAAGUGCUCCCAAACCCUCCUCCCCGUUCAGGCACAAGAGCAGCCCUUGGUGGUGACUCGGGAGAUGGUGAAACUCUUCACAACUCCUGCGGUAGCUGGUGUUAGAUACACACUAUGUGGGGACCGAGGAGAGGAGGUGAGAGGGCAUUUUCUAGAAGGGUGGGAUCGUUCAGGGGGCUGGCACCCCAGAACUGGCUUACCCAAGAGCCUGUCUUCUCUGAACCAGGAGAGAAGGUACUCCACCUUUAAAAUCCCGAGACGGACACGUCUCCACCCCAGCCCCCAUUUGGACCUAAACUGUGCCAUUUAAACUGUCACUUCCAAGUUCAGAGUCUAAAUACGACACGUUGUCACGCACAAAUUACAGUGAUGGCCUCAUGGGGCGUGGAGAGUGGUCCAGCUCGGGUUUUCAGAACAGGGGCUCUCUGAAUCCUGGAACCCUCUCCCCAGAUUCGGGAGGGGAGGAGCCUCUGGGGUCCGAGGGGCAGAGGCAGUUCUGAACCUCUUCUCUUUGGCAAGCAUCCACAUUUCACUGUUUCCAAAGCAUAUACUCUGCCAAACAAUACCCAGUCCUAUUCCAAACUGUUAACAAUUCUGUGUUCCUGUUUCUCUAUGUAUUUAUGGUUGCCGCUGUGUCUGAUUUGAUUUUGUUGGGUUUUUUUUCCUAAUUUUACCGAGUAGCAAUGUGACCUGUUUUCCUUUGUCUCAUGGAACUUAGUGAACUAACCACUGUCAACGAUUGGGGACAGGUGACACGUGGGGUCGAGGGGGGCCUGGCGUGCAGUGGCUGCCUGGGCAUUUUGUGGCCAUUUCAGGCUACAAUGUCUCCCCUCUGGUGAAAGGCUACAGUAUUUUGGGUUGGUAGGCAAAUUGCAACAUUCUGGAAA